GUUUUGACCAAUCCUGAUCGCCCUCCUGUUGAGGAAGAAGUCAAGUUCUUCAAGCAGAAUGAUUGGAGACUUGUUGACGUUCCUAUGUGGAACGGCAGCAAGGAACAUCCGGUAUUCUGCCAGUCAUCCCGUUGGCUAUCUAUGAAUGUCUUCUCUAUCACUCCUGAUAAAAUUUGUGUGGAGGAUGAUGAGCAGGACUUAAUCCGGCUUCUCGAGGGAGAAUACGGCUUCGACGUUCUGGGCAUUCCUUAUCGUGGAGUUUUCGAAUUCGGAGGUUCGUUGCACUGCUCCACUUGGGAUGUGCGCCGUCGCGGCGGCAAACGUAGCUAUUUCCCAGAAUGGGCAGGUUGUGAGGAGGAUAUCGGCCUAACCAAGCUCACUCAACUUCCAUAA